GCCGAGCUGAAGAGACGGGGCUGCUUCGAGGAACCCGAGGGCGUGGUCACGUGGGAGUCGGUGGUGCGGGCAAUCGACUACCUCCACAGCCAUGGCAUAGUACACCGAGACUUGAAACCGGAGAACAUUCUGCUCAGCGGUGAUGGCACGGUGAAGCUUGCCGACUUCGGCUGGUGCGCCGAGCUCAAGGACCAGCCCCGGAGCACCUUCUGCGGCACCGUGGACUACCUCUCGCCCGAGAUGGUCAACAGCGAGCCGCACGACCACACCGUGGACCUCUGGGCGCUGGGCGUUCUGCUGUACGAGCUGCUGGCGAACAGGUCACCUUUCCGCGCGUCGAACCAGGCGCAGGUGCUUCUCAGGAUCAUGCAGGCUCUCUGCAGCAUGUUUGCCCCCCUCUGGUCCAAUUCUUCUUCUUUGUCCUGGCCACGUUCCGCUCGGCUCGUUCCGCUUUGCGCUGC